UGCAAAUCUGCUUCAAGAAAAUAUGUGCCCGCCAAAGGCAAAUUAGUGGACAAGGUUCGAAAUCUCCUGUACAUAUCAGGAGAAAAGUGCAGGGGCUUAAACCCACUUGCUCUAAUAGGGAUUCGGAUACAGAUGUAGAGUCUGUGGAAAAUAAUCAAGGGACUGCUUCAAAUGACGACGCUAUUUGGCUGAAAUAUAAUGAGCUAUGGGACCAAGUUUGUGAAAGGUGGAAUAACACCUUUGAAUUAAGACACAAACAAUUGAAACUGUACAUGAUUUUCUUGAAACCUGGGCCAUUUGAAAAGACAGCAAAGUAGAUACUCUGCAAUGACAACGACGCAAAAAAACGAACGAAAAGAAAAAGAGCACACAAGCAGAUCACAUUCAGCCAUUAGCAUUCAGUUUGUUGGAUGACAACUUGAAAAUGUUCAAAUUCAAAUGGGAUUCAAGUUCAACCCAGGACCUUGUACUUCAUAGGCAGAGUCACUACCCACAAAGAAAGAUACAGAGGCCGUUAAAACACAAAAUAAUUCCGGUGCAGAUUUACCUGCUAUAUUUUUUAAUACCACCCAAAGGCCGGAAAUCUAGGAAAGUCAAAUUCUCAACCACUGAAUCAAUCCAGGGCUUAUUAGUUCAGAUAGAUGACGCCGGAGAUAUCGACAGCGUAAUCGCAGCCCAGAAAGCUAAGGCUGCAGCCCGGAAGGAUACCGUGCAACCCUCCGUGCUCAUACAACGACCGCUACAAAACUUCGCCCAGAUAUACAUCGUUAUUCAUGAUAUCAAAUACCACGUGCAUUCAGCUGCAAAGGCGUUCGACUUGUUGUUUAAGAUUUACCACGUUUUUCACGCCAAGUAUCCCCAAGUGUGUGAGCACCUCCGCGUAAUUAUUCAAAAAAAGUGUAUCAAAUCCAUACGGCGUAUGAUACAGUAGGUACCACCGUAUAUAGUUGACGUUUUAAUUUUAUUAUAGUAUAGGAUCCGUACUAAGCUCGAUCUUCACCAACGUGUUAACCAGAUGAAAAUAAGUUUCUGAACAUGUCUCCUCAAUAAAAAUGAAUGGUCAAGAUUAUU